AUGGGUGUCCUCUGGGGAAGAGAGAGAGAGAGAGAGAGGGACGGGGCUGGUUUUGGAUCCCUUCCUCCCUCAAUGUCAAAUGCCACAAGUCUACAGAAACCAAAUACAUGGAAGCAUCCCAAAUAUACAGACAUAUGGAAUUUGCCCAACUUGAAAUCAUUGGGAAUGAGGGAAAAUAGCUUCACGGGUAGCCAGUGGCGGAGCCAGGAAUCGAAACACAAGGGCCUUUUGUAA